CAAGACUUGUGAGCAGCAGAGGAACUGGGAGACAGAUAAUCGCACUUGUUCACCCCAGACGUUACCUGUGUGACACCCUCGCAAUGACAAGAGGGCCCAGCAUCUGGGGGCCACGCAAAGGGAGUUUGGAUGAUACCACAAUCGGUAUUUUAUAGAGCCUGUCGGCAGUUUUUGGAUGCUUUUCGCCACUUUCCUUUGGAGUUACCUGGGGCUGUGAUCCACCGGAGAACAGAGGCGAACUGAGUUAUUAAUCACCUCCACAGAUCCGUGCAUGAAACUGAGAUCUGGGCCGCCAUGAGUCGGAGAACACGAAGAUGGAUUUUAAGAGUUUUGCUUUGUUUGGGGAUUGUUUAUUUGAAAAUUGGAGGCUUCUCGUCGGUGGUGGCCCUAGGUGCGAGCAUAAUCUGUAACAGGAUCCCGGGUUUGGCCCCCAGACAGCGGAUUAUCUGCCAGAGUCGCCCCGAUGCCAUUAUCGUCAUCGGAGAGGGAGCCCAAAUGGGCAUCAACGAGUGUCAGUUUCAGUUCAAACACGGGCGCUGGAACUGCUCCGCUCUCGGAGAAAGGACCGUCUUCGGAAAAGAGUUGAAAGUGGGUAGCAAAGAGGCUGCGUUCACCUACGCCAUCAUAGCAGCAGGGGUGGCCCAUGCCAUUACAGCUGCUUGUACGCAGGGGAACCUGAGCGACUGCAGCUGUGACAAGGAAAAGCAGGGUUUCUACAAAGGAUGGAAGUGGGGAGGCUGCUCAGCGGACAUCCGCUAUGGUCUAGGAUUCUCCAAGGACUUUAUAGAUGCUCGAGAGGUCAAGCAAAACGCAAGGACGCUCAUGAACCUCCAUAAUAACGAGGUGGGGCGCAAGGUUCUAGAGAAGAACAUGCGAUUGGAAUGCAAGUGUCAUGGUGUCUCGGGCUCCUGCACAACCAAAACCUGCUGGACUACACUUCCCAAGUUCCGCGAGCUUGGCUACAUUCUCAAGGAGAAAUAUGCCCAGGCAGUGCACGUGGAGCCAGUCAAAGCUAGCCGCAACAAGCGUCCAAAAUUCCUAAAAAUCAAGAAAACUUAUUCUUACCAGAAGCCCUUGGAUACUGACCUGGUCUAUAUAGACAAGUCACCUAACUACUGUGAGGCAGACCAUGUGACAGGGAGCCUGGGGACCAAGGGCAGAGUCUGCAACAAGACAAUGGUGCAGCAUAUCAGCGGUUGUGAUUUGAUGUGCUGCGGUCGAGGAUACAACACACACCAGUACUCCCGGGUCUGGCAGUGUAACUGCAAGUUCCUGUGGUGCUGCUAUGUCAAAUGCAACACCUGCAGUGAGAGGACAGAGGUUUACACAUGCAAAUGAGAGUAUUUAUUGUGUGCGCAUGAGAUGAUGUAUGAGAGCGUUUUUGUGUGUUUUCAUAGACAUGUUUGGGAAAAAGAAAGAAAAAGAAAAAGGCUGCUGUUGGAGCCUUUUUUUUAUAUAUAAUGGACUGCUACUGUGCUGUCUGUGCUGCACCAUGAAGAUGGGCAUCACCGUUCUUUUUGCACAUAAAGCUCUUCACCCAUCUUCUUGUGCCGUUGGGAUGCAGCACUGAGGGCUGUGAGACAAAAGGAAAACUGCAGGCUUGCAUAUGGAUCCUACACAAAGGAAGCAAAAUGUUAAGACUUUAAGCUAUACAGACAUUUUUACUGUAUGGAUUUUGCCAAGUGAAAUGAAAAAAAAAGGGGGGGUGAGACGAUGGGCAAGACAAACUGCUUUUUCUCUCAACGCCUGUGCACAAAUUAAAUGACACAGCCAUUUGAAAUAUUUAACAAACUAUAUGUAGAAAGGAAGAAUUAUUAAUAUUAAUUUAUUACGUAAAAAACUACUGAUUUUUGUGCUUUACAGAUAAGAGAUAGCUAUGUUUCAUAAUUUUGUAGUUUAUUAAAACAAAAAUGUCCAUGGUUAAAACACUGGAUUUGUAUCUGUCUGGAUAAUAUGAAACAUUGUAGUAAACAUAUUGUUCCAGGGGGAUCUACUGUAAGGUACUGAAAUCCACUUUUAUGUCUUGUCAAAACCUUUUUUUCCCUUUGUUUGCUGCUAGUCUAGAAAACUCCACAUGUUGAAGUCGAAGGCUUAAAAGCUGACCCCCCUGAGUGGCAAGGCCUACUUCAAGCUCAUUUAACUGGAUUUUGUCUGAUCAAAAACACAGACACAGCUUCCACAUUUGGUUUAUUAUUAAAUAAUAGAGUAUAUAUUUGUAAAAUCUUAUUUUUAUAUGAUGUUUUAUUUAUAUCUUCUUUUUUUGCAUGUUUGGUGUCACAUAUUGACAUUGAGGUGAGUUUUUAAAUCCCUGUGAAAAAAAAAAUCACUACGUAUGUAAAUUGGCCCAGCUGUCACUGCCAGAGUUGUAUAUUUUAUGAGGUAGAGACUGUUUGUGUGUCUUUGGUGUUCAAAUCUUUGUUUUUACUGCAUUUCAUGAUCACUACUGGUGAAAUACAGACACAGAAUAACACCUAACAAGA